GAGACACACUAGGUCAGAGGCCCGUAAGGGCAUUUAAUGAAGAAAUAGCAGCCGUCGCGUAUAUAUAUUAGGUUCAUCCGAAGUUAAGAUUGUCGCUUCGUAAGGAAAGAGCCGUCGCCUAUUUCGCCAUUGGGCUUGUAAGAGAGGAGAAGGCGUCGAGAAUGAAGGAUCAGAGGAACCGGAUCUUGAGUCGCUCAAAGAGCAAACUUGGUGUUUAUAUGCAGAGCCAAGUUGAUCGGUUUAGGAUGAACCGACCAGCGAUUUGCGGUUUCUUCGAAUCGGGUCGCACGUGUAGUGCUGGUGAUGAAUGUCCUUUCUCACAUAGUUUUCCCAGAAACUCAAAUGCUCAUCGUACUACUGGUUUAAGUGAUCCAAAUCCAGAUCCGGGAACCGUUGAUUUACUGUUUAAAAUGGUUUACAUGGGCCCUUUGGAUCCACCUAGGGAUCAAACCGUCAAAACCCUCUACCUCCGUCGUCUCAACUCCAAUGUCCAGGAGGAGCACCUACGUGAUCGUUUCUCUCCUUAUGGAGAAAUCGAGUCUAUUGUCUACUUUGGCAUGAGAGGUGUGAGCUGUGCUUUUCUCACCUACACAACCCGCCAAGCUGCAGAGAAGGCCAUGCUAGAGCACUCCUCAUGGGUUGAUGUCAACGGUCAGAUGCUUAAACUGUUAUGGGGAACACAUCGGAUCCCGAAAGACGCUGAACUAGUUGGAGGAUCUAACCUGGUCAAGCAUGAUGGUGGUGGUUUUGCUUGGGUUAAGGAGAACAAAGAUGGUGGACAGGUUCCAUACUGGUGCAAACGAGGUUAUGGCAGUUCUGAACAGCUUGGUGGUUGGGGGUUUGAUGGAAGAAGAGGAUGGGAUGCUGGCAUUGGCGGUUCAAACUGGGCUAAAGCGAAUGCUGUUGGUGGAUUUGGCGAAUGCUUUAACUGGGGUAGGGCAAACGAUGGCAUAUCAAGUUGGGGGAAGGACAAUUAUUCUAGUGGGGGAUCUAACUGGGGCAACCAGGUCGUUGGAUCAAGCUGGGGUCAACAGGAUGGUUGUGGUUUUGCUUGGGGUAGCCAGAACAACAACUAUGGUGGUGGGGGUCCAAGCUGGUCCAGUCUAGGUGAUGGCGGUCGUGGGUUUGGUGGACGAAGAGGAUACUGGGGUAGCUGGGAUUUUAGUUCCAAGAAUACUGGUGGAGGCUGGGAAGCCAACACUGGUGGAGGCUGGGAAGCCAACACUGGUGGAGGCUGGGAAGCCAACACUGGUGGAGGCUGGGAAACCAACACUGGGGAUGAUGAUGCAUGGGGAUGCAAACCAAACGUAGGAGCGUCGUCAUCAAGUGGCUCGUGGGUAACGGUAGAUCAGUAAAUAAAAGACCUGAUUUGACUUUUAAGUUGGUCUCUGACUAUCUGUCUCUCUCUCUCUAUCUAGUCUAACCCCAACUUUAGUCUUUUGGGGCUCUCUCUUCUUUAUGUUAUGGUUUGAAAACUCUUUGGUUUAUUUAUUGCCGUGACCAAAAAGGCCUCUGGUUUUGUAGCCCUUUUGACACAUAUCGGAGUUUCAUCUCCUUAAUCUACUAUGAAUGCUUACUACUA